AUGGAAGACGAGACGCAGUUCGAGUUGCUGGCGAAGUUCGUUUUUCAGCUGUACGACCGGCAGCAGCAGGGGGAAGUGUCGCCCGCGGCGCUGGGGUGUAUGCUGAGGUCUUUGGGUCAAGUUUGGAGUUUUGGCGAACUUUUGGAAGUAAUUAAAGCUCAAGGAGAAAGACAAGUUCGUUUUGCUGCAUUUUAUGCUGCAGCAAAGCAGAAGCGAGCAGCAGAGCGGCGGGCGCUGGCCGCAGCGGCCCGCAGCAGCAGCAGCAGCAGCAGCAGCAGCAGCAGCGGCGGCGUGCCCGGGCUUUCUGCGCAGGAGCAACAGGAACUUGCUGCUUGCUUCCAGCUGCUGGACCCGGAAAAGUCAGAUGCUGCUGCAACCAUACAGAAGAGCGGCAGCAACAGCAGCAGCAACAGCAGCAGCAGCAGCAGCAGUAACGAGCGUGUCUCGACAGUAGACACCGCGCUUCCUGUGCACUCUAAGCAGCAGCAGCUCAACAGGGUGGGCUAUAGCAGCAGCAGACACACAGCAGCAGACACACAGCAACUGAUUCAACUGGUCAACGCUGCAGCAGCAGCAGCAGCAACUGCAGCAAAGAUCUCAGCAAGCGCAGCAUCAGCUGCUACAGCAACCAGAACAAUUAUUGUUUCAACUGCAGCAGCAGCAACAACAGCAGCAACAGCAGCAGAAACACAGCUGCAGACUCCUCUCCCAUCGAGCAGCAGCAGCACCAGCAGCAGCAGCAGCAGCAAGAAUCAAACCAAUUGA